AUGAGCCGGCUCUGCCUGUCCAUCGCUCUUCUGGUCCUCCUUGGCACCCUGGUGGACGGCACCCCAGGGGGUAAACACAAGAGCCAUGCCAGAGGUUCUCAGCCUGCCUUCUGCCUGGAGCCUCAUUACACGGGUCCCUGCGGGGCCUGGAAGGUCAGGUACUUCUACAACGCCAAGUCUGGACAGUGCGACAUCUUUGUAUAUGGCGGCUGCUUUGCGAAGAAGAACAACUUCCUGACAGCAGAGGACUGCGUGAAGACCUGCGGUGGUCAUGUGGGGACGCACGGAUGGGAACACUGA